AUGGGCAGCAUGUCCAAGCUGGCAUUCCUUUGUAGUCUUUUGGUGGCCAGCCCUUUGGCCGACGAAGAAAUCAAUGUGGCCGCCCUGGAUGAUGAAUGCGCUGAAGGCAGCUGUGCGCUAGGCCUUCUGCAGAAGGACUCCACGGAGGAUCGACGGAACUGGAUUCGCCUCAUCGAAGGCAACGGCUGUCCGCAAGGUGGGCCCAUCCCUUGUGAGAAGAUUGGCAACACACGACAUUUCAAGUUCCCUGCAGGCGUCUUCGCCCUCCAUCGACAGGUGACGGUGCCGGCGAACACCAUCAUCGAAGGGGUCAGCAACCCCAACGAUGCGGGCGAUAAGACCAGGAAACCGGACUACGCUGGUCAGACCGUUUUCGAGGCGACCGUGGGAGUUUCGGAUCACAACAUUUGCUAUUGUCAAAACUUGGAACGAAGUUGGGAGCCUUUGUCGCCGCGCAAUCCAUACCACUGUACGGACUUGACGAACGAGCAGGUGCAGCGAUUGCGGCCUGGAUUCCUGAUGUAUUCCAACACCAAGGUGAAAAACAUUGCCUACCAGGGCAAGGACACCCUGCGCCCCUCAGACAAUGGAGCAUUAUGUGGUGGUGCCGUUUUUGAGACGCCUGGCUGCGUUCACAACCAGUGUUUGUUCCCACAUUUGAAGACGGGCGAUGGAAGGCCCGUGAGCAAUGUGAGAAUUGAGAAUGUGCGAAUGAACGAUUAUGCGGGUGACCCCAAUUUGGCCAGUCAGCUGGCAGUGUGGGUGGCACAGACGACAGACACUGGGACACCCACUCGUGAUGUUGUGGUGAAAAAUCUGGUCGCCAUGUUUCUGCAUGCGGAUGGCAUCAAUUUCCACGGUUUUGUGCAGGACGCUAUGGUGGAUGAUUCCUACAUCCAAAACACUGGCGAUGAUAUCUACGCAGUGUGGGGCAGUCAUUUCGACACAAGGAACAUUGUCUUCCAGAACUGCGUCGGUGUCGAUGCGGGCCGCGCUCGACAGAACCACUACGGCAGCUGCGUCGCGGUGUCCCUGGGCGAUGGAGCCGAUAGGUUGGAACCACCACAUGCAGCUGCAGAACCACAUUGGGCGUUCUCGACGCGGCCUCUUUGGCUUUUACGUGUCUUGCCUCUGGACAACGAUUCCAGAGGGCCCUCUUUUGACUCCUUCGUGCCGAGGUUUGACAAUACCAUCAGCGGCUACAAGGAGUGGCGGAAAAGGGUUCAACUGUAUGCCCGUAGGCUUGAGCUGCAAGGUCGUUCAAAAGAAGUUGCCAUGAAUGUUUUGGCAGUACUUGAAGGUUCCAGUUGGACGCAAUGUGAAGACAUAGACCUCAAGGAACUGGAAGCCGAAAACGGCCUAGAUGUGUUGCUGCGACGGUUGGAUUCGAAAUGGAAAUAUGAUGAAAGGGUUGAGCUGGGAUCCAUAUUUGACACCUUCUUCUUCAAGGUUCAGCGAAAGCCCAACCAAUCACUUUUGGACUAUGUGACUGAUUUUCACCAAGCCCUACGCGAUGUUCAGAGACUGAAGGUUGAUCUUCCUGAGGAAAUCACUGGAUGGCUCAUGUUGCGCAGAGCAGCCUUGACCAAGGACCAACAACACCUUGUGCAGUCCCAGGUUGGCAAAACGUUGACACUGGGAAACGUGGAGCAAAGCCUUUUUCUGGUUUUUGGUCAAGACUUCAAGCAAUCCAAUCAUCAAAGUCACCGUGGAAAGUCAUUCCCCAAAGGGAAGGGUCGUUCCAAUGUGCACCAUGCAGAAGAUGAUGAACAUGAGUUUCAAGAUGAUUGGAAUGAAAACUACAUGGAUACCUACUACGAAAAUGAUGAUGAUCAAUACUAUGAAUGUGAUGAAGAAUGGGAUGAAACAUACUUUGGUUCACAAGUUGACUGGUCUCCCACUGCCUUUGAGUGGAAUCCGAGCGAAGCUGCCGUCGAAGACGAGUCGCUCUUCGAUGUGGAGGAGUUCGAUUCCGUCUACUCUGCAUAUGCCGAUGCCAAGAGCCGACUUGCACAGUUGCGCCAAAGCCGUGGCUUCUACCCGGUUGUGGCACUGGUGGACGGCAAGGGUUCCAGCAUGUCUCAAGGUGGGGGUAGUUCAAAGUCUAAAGGCCAAAGUAAGAAGGGAUCCAAACAAUCACCAUAUCCACCAAAGGGAAAGGGUAUCAAAGCUAGAGGAAAAGCCAUAGCGGGGGAUCUAGUUUGUUUGAGAUGUGGCAAGACUGGCCACAAAGCUGCAAACUGCAAGAGCUCUUCUGCUGCUGCCUCUGGUGCCUCUUCUCCUGCAAAGAAGCGCCCCAUUGACCUUGACCCGAUGGUGAACAUGGUCUUCCGAGCUUCUGGCGAUGAGUUCCAUGAGAUUGAGGAGACCUACAUGCAAGGCGAAUCUGUGGUGCGUGCUGGUGGAUGGGUGACAAAGGAGCCCGACAUGUGCAUUCAAGACCAAGGAGCCUCUUCUUUCCUUGCUGGCAGUGAGUACAUCUUGCGCUAUCUGAAAUGGUUGGAAGUUCAGGGAUACCCCAUGAACACCAUCUCCUUCAAGAAGUGCAACAAAACUUUUCGUUUUGGCGGCGAUGCUGAUGGACAUGCCCGCUGGAUGGUUGAGUUGCCCGUGCACUUCGCCAACAUUUCAGGUCGAAUGCAGUGCUUCAUCGUGUUCGGAGCCACCCCAAUGUUGCUUGGACGCCCAGUUCUUGAACAACUUGGUGCUGUAGUGGAUUUUGGAAGUGGCAAGAUGCGCAUCCUUGGUGGCCGAUGGACCGAGAUCGAACGUGGCAAGCAAGAUGCGAUGCUUCUGCGACUUGCUGCAACCUUCAACUCCAUCGAGGACUUUGAGAACCCGCAGUUCGACCUCAGAGCCAAGGAUGAUGAUCACGAUGAUGCAUGCUCUCUGCAAGAUUUUCUUCAAGAUCUACGUGCUGCCGAGCGCUAUGAGGAAAUGAUCUCCGAGGUCCAAUUCACCGACGACGCCUCUGAGAAUGAGUUUGUUGAUGUUGAGACCUAUGUGAAUGUGGAUGAGCAGAUUCCUGAGGAGCACUUUCAUGCCCAUGAGCUGACUGAACGCACUCAAUGCUCAAUGUCGAAGACCUGGUCAUGGAUUCAGGGUCAACUGGUUGAAACCUCCAAGAAAGCAGCCCAACUUGCCUAUGAAGCUCGAUGCCAACCUCACCCACGAAAGAAGCUCAUUUGGGAAGUCUACAGUGGCACUGGCCUUUUAGGCGAACAAGCUGAACGCCUUGGUGCCGAUGUGAUGCGUUUUGGACUCAACAAUGGAUGGGACUUCUCCAAAUUAGCACAUCGAAAACGUUUGAUGGAACUGGCUUAUGAGCUUGAGCCGGAUGAGAUCUACAUGUCUCCCAAGUGCACACUUUGGUCUCCCAUGCAGGCCAUCAACAUGCGUUGUGAAGCUGAUUGGGACGAACUUUGGGAGCGUCGUGACUUCGACCAUGAGAUCCAUCUGAAGUUUUGCAAGAAGCUGUACUGGUUUCAGGUGAAACGUGGAGCUCAUGCACACAUUGAACAUCCACACCGCAGUGCUGCCUGGGAAACACCAGCCUUUGCCAAACUUCCAGGUGAACGCACAACUUUUGAUCAAUGUGAAUAUGGCUCCACUACCACAGUUGAUGAUGAUGAAGUACCAAUCAUGAAAACCAUCUCCAUUCAGACCACAAAACGUGCGAUGUGUCGCAUCAUGUCCAAACGAUGCUCAGGCAACCAUCAACAUGCCCGACUUGAAGGUGGAAGCCGUUGCAAGAAGGCUGAGAAUUACCAAUGCGAGCUUGCCUGGAAUUUAGCUCGUGCCCUUCUUGAAGAUGAGGGUUUGUCGGAACAGGCCUAUGCUGUUCAACAAGACGCCGAAGCUCAAGAGCUGACUGGAGUUCUUCGAAAACUUGGCACAAGGCAUGGCUCUGAAGCGGUGCGCAUUGCCUACCGCCUCCAUCGAAACCUUGGGCAUCCGAGAAAGGACACUUUGGUCCGCAUGCUGCAGGCCAAGAAUGCCGACCCAAAGGUCAUCGCUGCAGCCGAAGCCCUUGAGUGCCCCUACUGCAACAAGUUUUCUUCCAGGAAACAAUCAGCUCCAGCUCAUGCCGAGCGUCCCAUGGACUUCAAUGAGCAGCUUCAGGCCGACACCUUGUGGUUUGAUUUGAGCUCAGUUGAGCCUGAUGCCCCUUCUGACAAAGCUUCCAAGCGGAAGAUUGGCAUGUUGGUCAUGGUCGAUUCUGCAACUCGCUUCAUGGCUGUGCGAUCCAUUCCUGAUGAAUCAAGCAACUCCCUCAUGAAAGCAGUUGAACGUGAAUGGAUUCGCUACUUUGGCCCUCCGAAGCAGCUGAGCGUUGAUGAAUGGUCUGGAUGGGGCAGUGACGCUAUGAUGCAAUGGUCUGGCGACCACGACAUAGAGAUGAAGAUUUCCCCUGUGCAAAGUCAUUCACGAACUUCAAUUGUGGAGCGAAGACACCAACUCCUUCGCAAAGCACUCUCCAUCUUCAUGACAGAAAAUGGACUGCGUGGCCUUGAUGGACCUCACACGGCCUUUAACUGGACAGUGCCCACAUUGAAUCAAUGUACCUUUGUGAAUGGAUUUACUCCUAUGCAACUUGCCCUGGGAAAACAACCAAAUAUGCCUGGACUCAUCUCUGACGAGCGCACUGGUCCAAUUCAACUUCAACAAUCUGAACAAGAUCGACUACGGCGACGACUUGAACUCAAAGCAAGUGCCCAAAAUGCAUGUGCUGUUGCGGAGAUUGACGUCAAACUUCGACGUGCUCUACUCCGACGCUUUUCAGGUGCUGAUGAAGAUCUACAGCCAGGUGAACGAUGCCUUUACUGGCGAGAAGUUGGCAAUCGAUUCCACACGGUUCAGUGGAAAGGCCCUGCCACGGUCGUUGCUGUCCAACGAGACCCAGACACUGGCACCAUUGACACCUAUUGGAUUGCCCACGGCACUGUGCUCAUCCGUGCCGGACGUCAACAUGUUCGACGACUUGUUGGCCAAGAAGGUCUUGUCAAUGGAGCUCAACGUGCUGAACAAGCCAUUGCUGGUCUCCGUCAACGUCGAGUUGUCCGAACAGCCGACUUGCGGCGCAUCAACAAGCACACCUUGGAGGAGCUUGAGGGUGAGAUCUCUGAUGGGAUUUUUGAUGAGCCCUCUCCAAAGAAAGCCAAGACCAACCAUCCUCCUGAUCAAGGUGAGCAAGAUGCCCCGGCCGCACGACCUGAAUCAGUGCGAUCACUUUCCUAUGAGCCAACUGAACCCAUCGAUGAUUUGCCAAAAGAUCCUGCUGAAGAUCCACCUCUACCUGUGGCUGAUCCGUCUUCUGGCUUGGACUUGCCAACGGAUCCCGGUUUGGACUUACCGGAUGAGUCAAGGCGCUUGGAUCUGGAUUUGCGCGACUCUGAAGAGCCACAACCCUCACAGCAAGCUGAAGCAGCAGCAGCAUCCUCCAGCGGAGAGGCAGGUGCUGGACUUAUGCCUGAACCUCUUCCGCAAGAUGUUCCAAUCCCUGAUGGUGAUGACAGUGAGGCUGAUCAGCCCACCAUUGCAGCUGACAACGCCAUCACCCAAUCUUCAAUGCCUGAGGCACCUCCACAACUUCCUGGACUUUCCUUUGCUGAACGCCGACGGCAACAUGAACGAAGUGAGACUUCAUGGAUGCGAUCUCCAUUGUGGCCAUGGUGCAUGAUCACCCUGAUCCUCAAAGCUCUGGCAAUUCAAAGCGUGCCAAGCACCAUGAAUCGGUCAACAUCGCUGUGGAGCUCUUUCCAAAUGGCUGUGAAGGCUCAACUAACCUUCCAGCUGGAUGGCACUAUGAUCCGAAAACCCAUGAGAUCUACCUUGGUUCCACAGCAGACUUUUGGAGCUUUGAAGAUGACCACAAAUGGCCUGACAAUGAGACGCAACAGCCGCAUCAUCCUGGUCAACGAGGAGCAGUCUGCCCCUGUGGGUGAUGAACCAUGGUUUGGAAAGACCUUGUACCCACUGACCAAAGAUGCUGCAGCUGAGUUUGGCCAAAACUACGUUGGCGACCUGUCCAAGAAGUUCAACAACAAAACCAUCCGAAGCCGUGGCCAUAUCUGGUCUGCCCAAGCUGCGCCCAAGAAGAAGAACGUCAAGGAGUCAGCUGACCUGCAGGAAAGCCGAAUGAGUCUUGAAGACCGCCUGGCGUUCAUCGAGGGCAAGAAAGCUGAGUUGGUCGAUUGGAACCGCGUGAUGAAAGCACGGUUUGUGCUGAAGUGGUCUGCCGACAACAAUGGCAACCCACGCGCAAAAGCACGUUUGGUUCUUCAAGGAUUUUCUGAUCCAGAUCUACUACGAGGAGAGCUUGACACAUCUUCCCCUACCUUGAGCCGAUCCUCACGGCAGAUUCUCCUGGCCAUUGCAACUUGCAAAUCCUGGCUUAUUUUCAUUUCUGAUGUUGCGACAGCCUUUCUUCAAGGCGAUCCACAGAAGCGAAUUUUGUGGGCCAGAAUUCCCAAAGACGCUUGCCAGCUGAUUGGUGUGCCAGCCGGUACACUGAUGCGACUUCUCAAACCCAUUUACGGGCAAGCCGAUGCUCCAAGAAGAUGGUUUCAAGUUGCCCGCAGAAGAUUGAUUGCUGCAGGAUACCAACCACAUCCACUAGAUCAAUGCCUUUAUUGCCUUUUUCAUGGUGAUCAGUUGGUUUCAAUGAUCGGCAUUCAUGUCGAUGAUCUCAUCGGUGCUGGACUUGAAUCCGAUGAAGUCUACCAGAAGGCAAAACAGGCUCUUCAUGAGAGUUUCAACUUCAAACAUUGGACUGAAGGAAAUGAAACUGGUCAACUGCAGUUUUGCGGUUGUGACCUUGAGGCUGAUGGAAAAGGUGGCUGGUUCUUGCGCCAACAGGCGUACGUCCAAAAGAUCAAACCUUUGACCUUGAGCGAUUCAGAUGAGAAUCGUGAAUUGACUGUCAAAGAAGUGACAAUGCUCCGUGGACUUCUAGGAGCGCUUCAAUGGCCAGCAACCCAGACUUCACCUCACCUCAGUGCAAGCGUGAGCCUUUUGUGUGGCGAAGUGAGCGCCGCAACAGUUUCCACAGCUACCCAAGCAAACAAGCUGCUUAGAUUUGCCAAAGCCAACAGCGACGUUGGACUCCAAUUUUCUGACCUUGGCCAGCUACAUGAGCUAUGCAUGAUAGCCUUGAGUGAUGCAGCCUGGGGCGUCCGAAAGAACCAUGAGUCCCAAGGCGGCUACUUUGUUUUGCUGAUGAAUGUGAAAGCCCUGCAAGGUCAAUUGGACCAACCCUACGUUGUUUUGGACUGGCGAAGCUACAAACUCCCCAGAAUCAGCCGCAGUAGCCUCAACUCUGAAGCACAAGCAUGCGCUGGUGCCAUGGAUGCUCUUGAGUAUCUCCUGAUCUUCUGGCAUGGAUGUGUGACUCCUGGCUUUGACUUGCGCCACUUGGACGUCCACGACAUCCAAAUGCAGUCAGCCUUGGUGGUCGACGCGAAGGCGCUCUAUGAUAGCCUGAAAGCUGAAGUUCCACAGAUGCAAGGCGACCGAAGAUCCAAGAUUGAGGUCAUGGUUGUGAAACAGAAAAUGGAUGAGAUGAAAACGAAGCUGAAAUGGAUUUCAUCAGAGACCCAACUGGCAGAUGGUGUUACCAAAAUUGCAGCACGGCAAUUGCUUGCAGACCGCUUACGGUCCCAUGUCUUCUCCCUGCACUCUGACCAGAGCUUCCAAGCAGCGAAGAAGAAGACCCUUGCUGGAUGCCAAGCUUCAACCAGACGCAAUGCGAUUGGUCGUUUGCAGAAAGGCAUUGGUUUUGCAGUGCUGACAAAUCAACUUGAGCCAGUACGAGGAGAUGAUUUUGCCGAAGUUUCAAACCUCAAGAAUGCUCUGGUCACUGAUGAGACCUUUUGCGUGAACGACAAAGACGAAAGAAUCCAAGAUCUUGAAAGUUUGGUUCACUACUACGAGCAAGAUGUGACAUCAACCUCUUUGUUUGUGAGCCGAACUGGAGCACGAUACCAAUUGCAUCGUGAUUGCCGAGCGCUUUUACAAGCGAAUCAAGCCGGCAUACGAGAUUUGAAAUGCUGCAGCCAAUGCAUUCAGACGUUGCGUGACAACAGCAACCUGGGUGGUUGGAACCACCACAUGCAGCUGCAGAACCACAUUGGGCGUUCUCGACGCGGCCUCUUUGGCUUUUACGUGUCUUGCCUCUGGACAACGAUUCCAGAGGGCCCUCUUUUGUACGGUGCAAAGGAGGCAACCUUUCGCGACCUCACCUGCUACGCGCCGCCGCAGAACACCCACGACUGCUACGAUUCCAAGAACAAUGGCGAGACCUGCAAUGGCUGCCUGGGAAUCAUCAAAGAAAGUUUCAGUGCGGACUACCGCGGCUCGGUGUUUACCUUUUCAAACUGCAAAUUCUACAACCUGAAGCUUGACCGAAUUCGCACAUGCGACGCAACCGGGUCCUGGUUGUUGAUACUCACCAGGGAGCAAGGACGCCCUUCGAAAAUAGGCCUUUUCUGUGUCAUGUCACGCUUUUCAAAGCCUAUGUUGCACAUGUUGGAGGGGAUCUUGGCCGCCAAAACCGCUACAGUAUAUAUAUAUAUAUACAUAUCAUAUACAUAUCAUAUACAUAUCAUAUACAUAUCAUAUACAUAUCAUAUACAUAUCAUAUAUAUAUAG